UUCAAUAGAUGUAUCAUGGAUUUGCUAAUAACACCAUGGAACAGGUGGAUGAAAAGACUACAAAAGGAAUUGUUAGCCCUGCAAAAUGAUCCACCCCAGGGAAUGACGCUCAAUGAGAAAAGUGUACAGAACACCAUCACACAGUGGAUUGUAGAUAUGGAGGGAGCACCUGGCACACUGUAUGAAGGAGAGAAAUUUCAGCUGCUUUUCAAAUUUAGUAGUCGAUAUCCUUUUGAUUCACCUCAGGUAAUGUUCACAGGAGAGAAUAUACCAAUCCACCCGCAUGUGUAUAGCAACGGUCACAUCUGUUUAUCCAUUCUGACAGAAGAUUGGUCACCAGCCCUCUCAGUGCAAUCAGUUUGUCUUAGCAUUAUCAGCAUGUUGUCCAGCUGCAAAGAAAAGAGACGGCCGCCUGAUAACUCCUUUUAUGUAAGAACGUGUAAUAAGAAUCCAAAGAAAACAAAAUGGUGGUAUCAUGACGAUACAUGCUAAUGUACAAACUUUGUAAUAAGUGUAGAAGAAAGAAGCCCUACUGAUCUACAUAAAGCACUUUUUAAUCAUUCAGUCUUUGAACUCUGACUUAUGACUGGAACAGUGGAAACCAUGCGCUGGAGGCUCUUGACUGCAUUUCCCCAAUGGACAGUUGGCUGCAUGUUUUAGUCGGUUGUUACUCAGAACGUGCAAAUAAAUGAAAGUUUAAAUGCACCCAUGAGGUUUCUUUUUUGACAAAACAGUUGCGAUGCAGCGAGCAGGAAGAGCAGAUUUUUUGGUAAGUUAAUUAAAAUUCCUGUUUUAAUAUUAUUGUUACUUUUUUUUUUUGUUUGUGUGUGGGUGCAUUUUUAAGGUCCUUGUGUUGUGCAAUAAUAACUGAUGGAUGGAUGCAUGCUUGGGCCUACAAAGAAAUCUUAUCUUCUGGAAGGGAUCUUACCAUCAAAAUCCCAAGAAAAUGCUUCAUCUGUUCUCUUUUUUCUUUUUUUCUUUGUAAUUAUUAUGCACUGUGAAAGUAUUUAGUUUAACAAGAACAUAUGCGUACGUUAGUCCCAAUUAGCAGAUGUACUGUAAGCAGUCCUCCACUGAUCAGGCUGAAUCGCUUUAGUUUGUAAUCACUGGCACCAGAGUACAUACAUCGGUUUUCUUCAUCUUCCAACUCGAGACCUGGUUGCAGUUCGUCCUGCUGUUGGACAGAAUGUUGGUACAGAUGAUAUUAAUAAAUCAGAAAUGAUAAUAUAACUUAUAGUCAUGUUAUGACCUCAGUGCACAUCUCCUCAUAAGGCUGGGUAGUUGUCACUAGUCCAGCCUUUAAGAUGUAGAGCAGCCUCUCUUCCAUGUAAGGAAUGUCUGUAAGAGAAAGUUGUCGCAUGAUCCAUUUUAUUUCUGUUUUUUAUAUAUAUAUAUAUAUAUAUAUAUAUAUAUAUAUAUAAUUUCAUGCUUUAAUUUCUUUCCUCUGAAAAUGUUGAUUUUAAAUGUGUGUUUUUUGUACUUUUUUUCAGUUUGCUAAUACUUUGAGAAGGGGGUUUGUUUUGGUGGGAUUUUCUUUUUUCCUUUCGGUACAUUUGUUAUUUAAUUUAAAUUCCUUGUUCGAUCUCCUGUGCAGCAAUGAAUGACUAGAAGGAGAGUCUUUGUAGAAGUCCUUAAGACAAGGCUUUUGGGAUUCCCCCUCCCCCCCAGUCAGAGUUUUGGCUCAGGUACUUUUUUCAAUAGAGAUCAACUCUAAAAAGAUACCUAUCAGAUAUUUUGAAUUUAACUAUAUUUUCACCAAAAGAGACUGUUAUGUUGUGAACAUAUAGCACGUCUGAAACUAUUGUAUAUAAAUCUUUAAAAUAUUGGAUGACGUGACAGAACUUAGCAGAGGAUGAAUUUAGUUUAUAGCUGAAUGAUAAUAGGAGUGCUUUAUUACAUUGGAAAUUAGUCUGCAUCUUUUGCUAUACAGGAUGUGUACAGUCAGCAACAACUAUACGUGGGUUAAAGAAAGUAGUUUUCCAGUGGGGGUGCAUGCAGUUUCUGAACCCUACUUUUUCCCUUAUUGGCAUCAAACAUUGUGACAGCUUUUAGUCUUUCCAUAACUAAGGUAACGGCUGUUAGAAAGCGCACCUCCAGAGGCUGUGGUCCUUCAGGCUGUAAUCACUCUCCAUUCCUAAACAAAUGUUUAUCACCAUCCAGUCAGAGAUACUUGAAUUUUCCAUCAUUGGUUGUUUGUAUUUCCUUUUUUUUUUCUCUCCAGGGUCUAGAGUUUGUUUUAUUUUCGAUUGAAUUUGAGUGAAUGUGAUGAUGCUCUAUACUGUAGAGAUUACCACAGCACACCACUAUCUCAAUAACUGUGUUGAUAACUUAAGCAUCUAUUUAACCAAUGACUUUUUUUUCUUCAUUGUAAUUGAUGUUGUGAGAAAAAGAUGGGGAAAUGAUUGUGUACAUGCGGUCACAACAGCAUCUGUGCAGGAACCAAAAGGCAGUAGAACAAGAGAUUUGAGAACCUGCAAGAGUUUAUGUUGCAAAGGGUUGAAUGUGAUGUUUUUGUUCUUUUUUUUCUUCCUUAGGUUGCUUUUUUCCACUCCCUUUUCAAUAUGGUUUGAACUCUUAGCUUGCAGGUUGUUGUGAGUGAUCAACACUAACGAGGGUGUGUUAUUUAUAUUUGAGAUGUUGUUCCGGGAUGUGCAAGCUCCAUGUAAUAGGUGCCUGUUCAUUUUCAUAAUCAAUAAUAAAAGCAAAGAUUCACUUUUAA